AUGGGUCUAUGUGCUGCCAUAUUGGAGAGGGAAACGCCGAGACCUGACAAGGGUAGGGACACUGUCUUGUGGAAGCAUGGGAUUGAUGACUAUCAAGACCAUUUCUCCACUAAGAGCACGUGGGAACAAAUAAGGUCUAAGCGGGCUGUAGUAGAGUGGAGUCGAGUUGUUUGGUUCACGCAAGGAGUUCCACGAUUUGCUUUCAUUACUUGGUUGGCUAUGAAGAAUAAAUUGUCUACAGGUGAUCGUAUGAGGCAAUGGGGGAUGGUACAAGGCUGUGAGCUCUGUGGAGAAAGGGAUGAAACGAGAGACCAUAUCUUUUUUGCUUGUCCUUAUACCUAUACAGUGUGGGAAAGCUUGGCUCGGAGACUUGUUGGUAGAGGCAUAAACCCCGACUGGCAAUGGACAGUACAACAUAUACAGAGAAUGCGGCCGUUGGAAAUGGACACUAUCUUGGCCAAACUUCUGCUGCAAACCACAAUCUACCAUGUCUGGCGGGAGAGGAAUGCGCGACGACACCAGCAGACUAGAGUCCCCACUGAUCACUUGCGCCGGAUCAUAGAUAAGGCAGUGCGAAACAGAAUUAUUUCACUUAAAUACAAGUAUGCUCACAAGUAUGGAGGAUUACUUCAGAGAUGGUUCCUACUCACUUCCUAA